GCGGGUAUUUAUUUACAGGAGAGACUCUCUGUUCCCUGUCCGUGUGUGUUGUAUGUGUUGGUGGGGAUCUGAGAAGAAGAUGGGGAUCAGAUUCAUAUUGAUGGUGAACAAGCAAGGCCAAACUCGUCUUGCCCAAUACUACGAGUACCUCACUAUUGACGAAAGACGUGCUCUUGAGGGCGAAAUCGUUCGUAAAUGCCUCGCUCGCACCGAACAACAGUGUUCCUUUGUCGAGCAUCGGAACUACAAGAUUGUAUACCGGCGCUAUGCAUCACUAUUCUUCUUGGUUGGAGUUGACAAUGAAGAAAAUGAGCUUGCUAUUCUGGAAUUCAUACACCUCUUAGUUGAAACCAUGGAUCGCCAUUUUGGCAAUGUGUGCGAGCUGGACAUCAUGUUCCAUCUAGAGAAAGCACAUUUCAUGCUGGAGGAAAUGGUCAUGAAUGGGUGUAUUGUUGAGACAAGCAAGGCUAACAUUCUCUCUCCAAUACAGCUGAUAGACAAGGCGUCGUAACCAUUUUCACUCCAAUGCUUUAAACAUGCCAAAUCUAUGCACUGGCACUUUCUUUGAUCUCUUUAGGGUUACUGAUUCAUGUACUGUUGUUGUCUACUGUACAACAGGAUGAGCCGAUCUAGGGUAUUUCAGUGAAAUGGAUAAGAACUUACAGUUGAUUAAAUAUAUUGCAUUAUGAGGUUGGUUGUGUGAUUUUUACAAUUGCUUGAUUGUCUUUAGAAAUCAGUAGAUAUUUUAUUCUUUUUCUUGUAAUGAAAUAAGGUGAUGCAAAAAUAAUAAGAAGGCUCCGUUUGGAUUGGUGAA